UACCACUGAUUUACACAACAUCAGUUUCAGUAGUUGGAAGAUAAAGAAAAAUAUUUUCGAUAUCAGAACUUUGCCGCACAUUGAGCCUAUUCAGUCAGGGAGAAACUCAAUAUGCAUGGAAUUGGAGUCAGAAUCCGGGUGUGAUGCACUAAGGAGUCAUCAGAAAUCGCUUCUUAAAUCUGGUAGAUUUGGUGUGCGGUGCUCAUUAGCGGCAGAGACGGGUUGUAUUCGAGCUCACAAACGGAAACGAGCGAGGCGUUCUUCAGAGUCAGCUCCGGAGUUAGUGUACACGUUCAUUGAGCAGGCGGUGCAGCCCGGUGCCGCAGUCGCCCUCAAGUGCUCUGCCCUCGGGGACCCACCUCCGCGCUUUCGCUGGACCCUGGACGGACAACCCGUUCCCUCACAUCAUGGGGCCUCCAUAUCAGAAGGCCGUGAGAGCGGUCCCUCAGGCGUGGGUGGCAGCCAUAACUACGUGGUCUCGACUUUGUCACUGGGGGGUGCAAGAGUGGAGCACGGAGGCCGCUACGAGUGCCGCGCCGUAAACUCGCACGGCUCUGUCGCGCACUUAGCCCGUCUUAACGUUUACGGUCCACCAUACAUACGAGCAAUGAAUCCAGUGAAGGCCGUGGCUGGGACGGAAAUUUCAGUCUGGUGUCCGUACUACGGCUUUCCAAUCGACUCGGUGAAAUGGGAAGGAGGAAUGGGUUCCGAUGCGAGAUAUCAACAGCAAGACGGCCGUUUGACUAUUAUCAACGUGGACAAGAGCAGAGAUCAAGGCGGCUGGACCUGUUCAGUUAUGACACCGGGAGGAGAAUUAGCUAGACGAGAGGUGCAAGUGUCGGUGGUGUCACCGCCGGUAGUAUCGCUUUCGCCGCCGCCUGCGCUACGCGCCGCCGACCGCGCCCAACUCACCUGCACCGUGACAUCGGGCGACAUGCCCGUCUACUUCUCUUGGCUCAAAGAUCGUCUGCCAGUCUCUACCGCGCUACAGGUGGAAGAGCGCGGUGCGGAAUUCUACAGCAUGCUGGUGUUCAAAAGGGUCUCGGCGGCGCACAGCGGCGUAUACACAUGCGUCGCCACGAACGCCGCCGGACGAGCCAACGCCUCCGCCGAGGUCGCCGUCAAAGUACCACCGUAUUGGCAAACGGAGCCGGCUGACGGCGCAGUUUUGCUCAACGGGUCCCUCACCAUCUCGUGCGACGCACGAGGCCACCCGCUUCCCUCCGUCUAUUGGACCAAACUAACCGGAAACACAGAGACAGCAUUGGGUGCCGUAUCAGAGCCGGCGGUGCUGAGCAAUGGGUCGUUGUGGUUGGCGGCGGCGCGUGCCGACCACUCCGGCCGAUACCGCUGCCGUGCCGAUAACGGAGUGCCGCCGCCACUCGCCAAGACUCUCAAAAUACACGUCAAUGAACCGGCGCGGUUCGAGUCUCAGUCGGCAAACGUGUCAGCGGCGCAGGGCGAGUCUGUCCGGCUGGUGUGCGCGGUGCGCGGCGACACCCCACUCGCCAUCGCCUGGACGCACGCCGGCCGACCGCUCCCUAACUCUGACUACAGGAUGAGUAUUUCGGAGACGCGUAGUGCAGAGGGUCUGCGCAGCGAGCUGGUUGUAGAGCGCGCCGGAAGACGGGACUCCGGUGUGUACCGCUGCCAGGGCUCGAACCCCUACGGCCGCUCAGACCACUUCUUGCAUCUUGCUGUACAAGAGCCGCCAGAGCCACCGAGCGACUUUCGUGUGGUGGAGACGACAUCUAGAUCGGUGCGAGUGUCGUGGCGGCGACCAUACGACGGCAACUCACCCGUGGUUUCUUAUGAGCUGCAGUAUCGGCCGCAUACGCACCUUCCUCCUGCUUCCGACGGCUGGUCAGACGCGCGAGCGCAUAAUGUGUCGGUCUCCCCGCCCUCCCACGACGCUUAUUCUGACGUGGAGAGCGCCACUAUAGAUUCGCUGGAACCAGCCACAGCUUAUUUGGUGCGGGCUCGCACGCUGACAGCACAAUUUGCGUCUACACAUACCCGCGCCGUCCUGGCCCUCACGCAGCACGAGCCGCCUUCCCGCCCACCCCUCGGUCUGCGGGCAUCUGCUCCACGGCCUGCCACCGUCGAACUAGCCUGGCAGGCGCCGUCGCAGUCGUCUUGGAACGGGGAGCUCCUCGGGUACACGGUGUGGUGGUGGGUGUCGGCUGACGGUGCGGUGUCGGGCGGUGCCAACGUCGGUAUGGAGUUCGCCACUGUCCGAGGAAAGGUCACGAAGUACAUCAUUGAAGGACUGGAACAUUAUACAAGAUAUUCAGUGAGCGUCAGAGCUUUCAAUAGCGCUGGUGCCGGACCGGCCACGCCCCCAGUGAACACGUUAACUAAAGAGAGUGUGCCAUCGGAGGGCCCGCGUGCAGUUCGCUGUAGAGCGGUAUCACCGCAGAGCCUCAAAGUGGAGUGGUCUCCGCCGCCUGCGCACGCACACCACGGAGCGCUGUUGGGUUAUAAACUUCUGUAUCGGCCUGAACUCACGGCGGAAUGGAUGGAGUGGGACGUGCGGGGUGCGAGCGGGGGGAGCACUGGAAGUUGGGGCGCAGAGGUGAAGCGGGUGUCGGGCGUGGAAACGCUCGUACUGGCGCUGCAGCCGCACGUCAACUACACCGUGCAGGCGUUGGCCUACACUGCCGCCGGAGACGGUGCUCCUGCCCCACCUUUGCGCUGUGCCACACACCAGGACGUUCCAGGACCACCGGCCGCCAUAAAAGUAGUGGCCACGUCCGCUUCAGCUUUGGCAGUCAGCUGGCUGCCACCCGUGAGGGCCACUGGACCGGUACUCUAUUACACCGUCUUCUAUAGAGAGCUGGGCAGAGAGCGACCGCCGCAGUCGACGAGAGUGCCCGUCGAGGAUGGCGAAAAGUUGGUCGGCUUGGGCGGAAUGGCCGAGUUGCGACCUCUUACCGAGGGCGCCACUUACGAAGCCUGGGUCACGGCGCAUUCCGCCGCCGGCGAGGGCGAGCCUUCCGCUCCGCAACCCGCCACUACCACCGCCAGAGCGGGUGUGCGGGUGCUAUCGUUCGGCUUGUGGACUCGAGUUGGAUGCGGUCGAGCGCUGCAACUGGCCUGCACGUGGCGCGGAGACCCCCCUCCUAGGGCCCGCUGGCUGCGCGCUGACCGCCCCCUUACGCACGACCCGCGUGCCCGACUCACGCCACUCGGACAUCUCGCUCUGCACGACUUGGACGCGUCAACGAGCGGCAAUUACACGUGCUCGGCCCGCAACACCUUUGGCUCGGAGGAGGUGACCUACCGCGUGGAGUGCCUUCCGCCCCCCGUGCCCCCCGCCCUUACUCUUCUACACGCCGACCACACCGAGGCGCAACUCGCUUGGCGCACUGCACACCAUGCCGCGGCGCCGCCUCACGGUUUUACGAUUUCGUGGAUACGUUUGAGAGAAGAUAGCAUAGAGUCGGAGCAGUCUCGUUCCGAUAUAGAAGAGAGAACGAUAGAGAUGGGAGGAGAGGCGAGUGGCGUGACACUGCGAACGCUGUCCUGCGGGGCCACAUACUCCGUACGUGCCGUGGCGCAUUCGCGAGCCGGCAGUUCGUCGCCCUCCGCGCCUCUCUUAGUCAGGACAAAACCGCCUGUGUUGGUGUGGGAGGGCGGAGGAAGCCCGGAGGAGAGCCGCGAGGGGGCGGAAGCGGCAGUGUGGAGUAACAGCAGCGCUAUUGCCGUGGAUGCUCGUCGGGCCGUGCGUUGUGGUGCUCGCCUCGUGCGCAUACAGUGGCGCGUCGCCAGCGCCGCCUCACCCGCACCCUGGGCUGACGCCGACCUCACGGCGUUGCAUCACCGUCGAGAGGUGGUGAUAGGCGAGUUGUCAGCGAGCACGUGGUACACGCUGCGACUUUGGACCACCACCGAUACUGCUCGUCACCAGGCUGUACUCUACGCCGCUACCACUACGCACUCUGGCGAACGUCUUCGGCGCCCGACGUCUUUCUACAGCGAAGGUGCUGCGGGUCGGCCGCCGCCGGGCACCGAGCAGACGGAGCGCGUGCUGGGCGCCGUGUCUCUGGCGUUCGCCGCCCUCGCCGCGCUCGCUGUCACCACAUUACUGCUCGUGCUGCUCGCCCGCCGAAGCUCGCUGUGGUCGUGACGCGUGGGCGGGCGGCGAGAAGGUCGGCGCUGCAGUCACUCGGGCGCAAGUACCGAUAAGUCUGUUUGCGUGGAGCAACAGAAUCUACGCAACUGUCAGCACGAUUACAAACACGACAAGUUGUCUCCGGCUUCAGACGUGUACGAGAUCAGCCCCUACGCGACCUUCGCCGUUGGCGGUGAGGCGGCCGAACACACUUUACAGUUCCGCACGUUUGGUCUUCGCGACA